UCUUAGCUUCCCAUCCCUCACAAGCUCAUCCAGCUUCUCUCCUCUCUAUUUUCUAAGUUAUCUUUCUCUUGUCUUGGUUACAUUAUUCUCUUUGGUACUGCUAUAAACUUGGUAGCAGAAACAUGGGGUUCUCAUUAAAAUUUCAUUACUGCCUUGUGUCUGUCAUGGUGCUCUUGCCUGCACUGUGUUACUCUCAGGACUAUUUCGUCCGGUCCAGAGCAACUUACUAUGGCAGUCCUGACUGCUUAGGGACUCCUAGUGGAGCUUGCGGGUUCGGAGAAUACGGAAGGAGUGUCAAUGAUGCGAACGUGGCUGGGGUUUCCAGGCUCUACAAGAAUGGAACUGGCUGCGGUGCUUGCUAUCAGGUUAGGUGCACGAACCCUCAACUAUGUGAUGAUAAUGGGGUGAACAUUGUUGUGACUGACUAUGGCGAAGGAGACCACACCGAUUUCAUCCUGAACCCCCGUGCCUACGCAAGGAUGGCACGAUCAAACACCGCCGCGCAGCUGUUUGCUUAUGGCGUAGUUGACGUGGAAUACCAGAGAAUCCCUUGCCGCUACGGUGGUAACAAGCUCCAGUUGAAGGUUCAUGAACACAGCAGAUACCCAAGCUACUUGGCCAUCGUAAUCUUGUACCAAGCUGGCAAAAACGAAAUCCAAGCCAUUGAAAUUUGGCAGGAGGAUUGUAAGCAAUGGAUAGGAAUGAGGAGAGCGUAUGGGGCAGUUUUCGACAUGGCUAAUCCGCCACAGGGGUCUAUCAGCUUGAGGUUCCAAGUGAGUGGCAGCGCCGGUUUGACAUGGGUCCAGGCACCAAAUGUUAUCCCCAGCAAUUGGAAAGCUGGAGUUGCAUAUGAAUCAGAUAUUCAGCUUGAGUAAAGUAGGAAAUUUCAAAAGGAAAAAAUCAAACUACUUGUUUUAAUUCCCUGAUUAUAUAGUUGCUUUAUGAUGUUACUAGUAAGACAGCAAAGUGCUUAGAACUUUGCCCCGCGCUCGAUAAAAUAAAAAGUUGUUAUAUGUACUUCAGCUUCUCGAAUCAAUAAAGUUACACCGUUGAAGAUAUUUUUCUUUA